AUCCGAAUAGGCCGAAAUCUAUGGAGGGAGACAUCGUUGAUAUAUUGCUACGGAUUAAAGAAAAUGGAACGACGUCGUUUGAGCUUACACUGGACCAUAUCAAAGCACUACUAAUGAAUAUAAUAGCCGGAGGCAGCGACACGGUUUCAGCUGCGUUAGUGUGGGCGAUGGCCGCGUUGGUGAAGAAGCCUUUGUUGAUGAAGAAAUUGCAAGCGGAGAUACGGCAGUUGGCCGGAGAGAAAGAUUUGGUCGAUGAAAAAGACAUAGAGAAACUUCCGUAUUUAAGAGCAGUUGUGAAGGAGAGUUUGAGGUUGUAUCCACCAGCUCCACUUUUAGUACCACGAGAGACGGCCAAGAAAUGUAGUGUCAAUGGUUAUGAAAUCGAAGGUGGAAGUACUGUGUAUGUCAAUGCUUGGGCUAUUGCAAGAGAUCCUGCGAUGUGGGAAAACGAGGAUGAGUUCUUGCCUGAGAGGUUUUUGGAGUCUGGCCUUGAUCCAAGGGGCCAGACUCCGGAGUUGAUCCCGUUUGGAUUCGGGCGAAGAAGGUGUCCGGGGAUCGGAAUGGCAAUGGCUGAGAUGGAACUCGCAUUGGCAAAUGUUGUGGGCAAAUUUGAUUGGGAGUUGCCGGUUGGAAUGAAGGAAGAAGAUAUUGAUUUUGAGGUUUUGCCUGGAAUCACAAUGCAUAAGAAGAAUGCUCUUUGCCUCCUUCCCAAGCUCGUGAUUGCAUAGAUCUUUGUAGAUUAUCUACUUACUAUAAAUGUCUAAGUAAGCAAUGUUAUAAACUAGGCUCUUAAAAUGUUCUAAACUCUGUGAAAUAUUUCAAUUAUUAUGCAAAAGUUAUAACUAGCUUGUAUCGUUUA